AUGAAGGCAGCCCUAUCCUUCCUUUUGACCGGCGCAAGCGCAGCCCUUGCUUCUUCCUCUCACCUUCGUCAUGCGCGCUCUGUGCGCGCUCGCUCGGCCCCGUCUAUUGACGUUGAUCAGGUCUUAGCUAACGGAUUAGCUGUAUCGACGCAUCCAUGGGAGCUCGGUGUCAUCGCGGAAGCGCAGCUUGAGGUGCAGACGCCUUCGCUAACUGUAUGGGAGAAGGGCAGCAUCCCGGUCCCCGCGAGCCCCGAGAUUCCUGACGAGGUGUAUGACAUUACGAAGAAAGUAGUGGACACCAAACCUGCCAAUCAGACUGAGCUCAUCCUGGAUGGUGCAGCGGGCGACCCAGCAUCUCUCGCAUUCGCGGUCCUGCUCAUCAACUCGCGUCUGGACAACGAAACGUGGGCUACGACAGCCGACCAAGAGAUCGAGUAUCUCUACAACGAAGUGCCGCAGACGGAGGACGGCGGGAUCUCGCAUCGUCACGAGCAGGUUCAAUUGUGGGCGGAUUUUGUCUACAUGGCGCCACCUUUCAUUGCCUACUACGGUGCCGUUUCCGGCGUCAGCAACGCCACCGACUAUCUGCGGAGCGCACAUCAUCAGUGCGCCGUCUACCGUGAAGUUCUCUAUGACGCGGACGCGAGUCUGUGGGAGCACAUCCUCCUCGGUAACUUCCAAUUCACCAAUCACUGGGGCACCGGCAACGGUUGGGCCGCUCUCGGUAUGGUGCGCACGCUCGCGACAAUCCAGGCAUCGCAAUACGCGGACGAGCUCAAGAGCGAGCAGCAGGACCUUAUCGACUGGGUGGACGAGAUCCUGAUCGGCAGCUGGGCGUGGCAAAAGGCCAACGGCACGCUCUACAACACCAUUGAUGGCGACGACUUCGCCGACACGUCGGGCACCGCCGCAAUCGCUGCCGCGACGUACCGCCUUGCACGCAUCACCGGCAAUCCCAUCCACAUCCCCGCCGCCGAGCGCGCGUAUGAGUUGAUCGCCGCUAGCGUCAACGCAACCGGCUGGUUGCAGGGCACGGUCAACCCGCAGACGUUCAACACUCAGACCGCGCCUGACUCGUACAGUCCGGAGGGCCAGAGCUUCACUCUCAUGCUCGUGGCCGCCCGCGACGCGUACUACAAGUCGCUCUGA